UCUCUCCUGGUCCACCAGGUUAUGAGAACUAUCUCUACAUCAUGAUCUUUGUUCCCAUGGCAGCAGUCCUGAUCAUCUGUCUACUGGCCACGUUCACCGUCAUCAAUAGGAAGAAGAACAGUGACAGACUGGGGAAUGGAGUUCUGUACGCAUCAGUCAACCCUGAAUACUUCAGCGCUGCAGAGAUGUAUGUACCAGAUGAAUGGGAGGUGUUGAGGGAGAAGAUCACGAUGAACAGAGAGUUGGGUCAGGGGUCGUUUGGCAUGGUGUACGAGGGCGUCGCUAAGGGAGUUGUGAAGGACGAGCCAGAGACGUGUGUGGCCAUUAAGACGGUGAACGAGUCAGCCAGCAUGAGAGAGAGAAUCGAGUUCCUCAAUGAAGCUUCUGUUAUGAAGGAGUUCAACUGUCAUCAUGUGGUGCGUCUGCUGGGCGUGGUUUCUCAGGGCCAGCCCACCUUGGUCAUCAUGGAGCUGAUGACUAAAGGAGAUCUGAAGAGUCACCUGAGGUCACUACGGGCUAAAGAUCCGUCCCAGUCCUACAGUCUCAACCUCCCUCCUCUGAAGAAGAUUAUUCAGAUGGCUGGGGAGAUAGCUGACGGGAUGUCCUAUCUCAACGCUAACAAGUUUGUCCACAGAGACCUGGCCGCCAGGAACUGUAUGGUGGCAGACGACUACACCGUCAAGAUAGGUGAUUUCGGUAUGACCAGAGACAUCUAUGAGACAGACUACUACCGUAAAGGAGGAAAGGGGUUGCUGCCGGUCCGAUGGAUGUCCCCCGAGUCCCUUAAAGAUGGAGUGUUCACCACCACCUCUGAUGUCUGGUAACUGCACCAUUCAACCAUUCACCUUCUCAUUUCAAUGAGGACGGAGCAAUUCAGUUGACUUCCAGGAGGGACGACAUUUAAAAUGAAUGAAGCCAACCUUGUAGAAGAGCAUUAACCCCUCUCU